AUGGCUGAUAUUGAAAAGUACAAAGCAGAUAUCAAUAACUACAGUUUGAAUAACUGUAGACAUGGGAAUCAGGGCUAUGGACGCGUCCUCCUGCAGGUAUUCGGUUUGCCAGGUAACGGCAAGUCCUCCUUCAUCAACUCCUGUAAGUUUGCUCUAGAGGGUGUGUUUAAUGAACAUGCUGAGGCUAAGAAAAAACAAGGAGGCUGCACCACGAGGAGAGUCCCCUACAAGCUCACAGAUACCAUAAUGAUGGUCGAUAACCGCGGGUGUCCGACACUCAACAAAUACGAGACAGGGCAGAUAUUCGCUCAGCUCGCUAAUUUAUUGCCUAUUAAUGACGAAGUAGAAUGGUGUGAAGAUUAUAAAAAAAAUUUGGAUCGGAUUUUGGAAGAGGAUAAAAAACAAAAUUACAGUGAUUUUAUUGUCCCCAUCUUUGUGCACAGUGUAAACAACAGAAUUCCAUCACAGGAACGUGAUACAUACAAACUUAUACUGAAGAAUGCAAGAAAAAUAACAGGAAUUAAUCCUAUUGUUGUUCUGACUCAUAAAUCCUACGGUGGUCUUAUUGAAACACGGAACACGUUUGAAGACAUGGAUAGUAAUAAGAUAUAUGCCAUCGAAAAUUACACCAUCGAAGAUCACCAGCAAGUGUUGGGAAAACACAGGGAAAUUCUAUCAUUUCUCUCCCAGAUUCUCAAUGAAGUCAAUUUCGGGAUGGAGCAGAAGAGGGAUCCAAAAAGUGAAAGGAAUGACAGGAUGAAGUUUAUUUUAGGAUACCUUAAGGACAUUGAUGAUGAGAAAAACAGGGAAGCAAUUAGAGAAAGGGAAGAGGAGAUAGAAAAUCUUCAGAAAGAGAAAGAGAAAAGGUCUUGUCCGAUUCUAUAAUCACAGGACCGUUCCCUCCGAGUCAGUCCACUAACAUUAAUAAACGAUGGUUUGAUAAUAAGAAUGACUAGAUAUAAAUGGUGGGUUUCCGAAGUGUAAUAA